AUGAAAGAAAAGAUGUGGAAAUAUUUUUUAGCCAAUUCUACUGAAAAAUACAUUGAAGGUUCAUGAUUACGAUAACAAAGUCCAUUCAUCCAAGAGAUGAACUUUGUUCGUUUGUCUCACGAUAGAGUCACUUAUUCAUCCAUUCAUCCAUUAAGUUGACCCGUACAGAGGCUAGUUUGAAAAAGAACGAGUCUAUUGUUUAUAAAAAUCUCUAUGAAGAUUUACAUACAAGCACUCUUUUCAUUUUAAUUUCAGUGUCGGAGAAAGAGUAAGAAUUGUAAAGAAGAAAAAAGCUUUUGAAAAGGGGUAUAUUCCACGGUGGACAGAAGAAGUAUUUACAAUUUCAAACCAGCAACAUACCAGACCGCCUACGCAUAAGAUACAGGAUUACAAUGGUAAAGAUAUUAAUUAUUCAAGGCACGUUUUAUUAACAGGAGCUCCUAAAGACGACGCAGGAUGUAUAUAGAAUUGAAAAGGUUAUCAAAAGUAAAGGUAAUAAAGUCCUUGUGAAGUGGAAAGGGUACUCUGAUGAGUUCAAUUCAUGGGUUGAUAAAAAUGAGCGUAUGGAUUUGUAA